GCCAUUUUGUGCUGCUGCGCCGGGUAUUUAUCUGAAGAGUCGUGACUGUUCCUUUUACUCUGUUAGUUAGCUGAUUAGACGGUUUCUGCUUUACCCGUUGUCGCAUUUCCAGCCCGUGGCCUUCAAUUACUUCCCGUGAAGUGCCAUUUAUUAUUUUAUUUUGCCCAAUCAGUCAUUGUUAGUUUUGUAUAUUUAUUUUUAUAGCCAGAAAGAAUGUCGAGCCCCGAAUACUCACCGUUCUUCGCAGUGAUGGGUGCCUCCGCAGCUAUGGUGUUCAGCGCCUUGGGAGCAGCCUAUGGCACAGCGAAGAGCGGCACAGGUAUCGCUGCAAUGUCUGUGAUGAGGCCGGAGCUCAUCAUGAAGUCUAUUAUCCCUGUGGUCAUGGCUGGUAUUAUAGCCAUCUACGGCCUGGUGGUAGCUGUGCUGAUCGCCAACAACAUCUCGGACAAGAUUACUCUAUACAAGAGUUUCCUCCACCUCGGAGCUGGACUGAGCGUGGGCCUCAGUGGGCUGGCAGCAGGCUUCGCCAUCGGCAUUGUGGGCGAUGCAGGCGUGAGGGGUACAGCUCAGCAGCCGCGGCUUUUUGUGGGCAUGAUUCUCAUCUUGAUUUUUGCUGAGGUCCUGGGUCUUUACGGCCUCAUUGUUGCCCUCAUUCUGUCCACAAAGUAAACACCCAAACGUCUCCACUACAAGAGUGGUUCUUUGUUUUGCUGCUGGAGAUAAAGUGUGUGUAAACGGAGAGUGGGGAAAAAAUUUAAAGAUAAAAUCUGCCAUGCAAGAUGAAAGAAAUGAAGGUGGAGAAAAAAAUGAUUCAAAUGGCUCCAUAAGUAUGGUCUUUUCUCAACAAUGUGUACAGUUGUCCCAGUUUGAUAGUCAACUUGUAAAUGCGCAAUGUAGUGAUUUGUCUGUCUUGUAUGUAUGUGUGUGUGUGUGUGUUAAAACAAAAAAAGAUUAAGGAAAUGAUUUUUUUGUUCCCUCCACUUAUUUCAGGCUUUGAAGCCAGCUUUGACAGCUGGGCUUCUGGUCUUAGAGAGCUGACCAAAGGGCCACACAGCUUUUUUUCUCCCAUAAUCUACGUGGGAGUUGUAAGAAUAUCUGAAUUAAUCUUGAGGAUCUAACCGUAAAGAGCAACAUGUAUGGACUUCAGAUUUUGUUUUCCGCUGAUUUUAUUUAUAAGAAAUUAUUCAUUGAACUGUUAAAAUGCAGCAAAACUCUAAUUGUCCAUGAUAUAUACAUAUAUAAAUAUAUAUAUACAGACAUAAAUAUCUAUAUAGAUAGAUUUAAUGCACUGUGGGUUAAUUGUGAUAAGUGGUUGGAAUUCCUCUGGAUGUAAUUCUUGGUUUAAUAAGACUGCCUUUAGUAUGUUGCUGGUGGAGUGGGAGUUGUGUGUGUAGCUGUUUUCUGAUCAAACGCAAAUAUUUUCAAACUUCAGUGUUUUUUUUCCAUGUAGUACUGCUGUUUGCAUUAAAGGUGUGUGUGUGCGCGUGCCCUGUGUUGGGUCUCACAAGUGUAAUUUCCACAUUCCAUCUCCACGACUUCGUCUCCAUCUGUGGCUGUACCUCAUCUCGUCCUCAUUCCAGCCAUCCAAUCCUGCAUGGGGUUCAGUGUUUUCAUGCUGUGGGAUUAUAAUCUUGCAGAGCAGGCUUGUUUCAGAAGAUUUAAUCCAGACUAAAAAUACAUCAUAACAGAUUUAAAAUUACUUUAGAGAAAUUUGCUUUAUGCAGUAAGCAUUGGGACAUUUGGCUUGUGUAACCAUUCUGGACCUGUUUGAUCUGGAGUUAAUUCACGAGAAAUGGCACUGCUGAAGCGUUUAACUGAAACAGCUGUCUUAAAUCCUGUACAAGCGCUGAUAUCGAAGCUAUGUAUCAACGUUUUCACAAUUAAAGAUUCCAACGUUUGACUGAC